AUGACAAAUAUAAAUUCAACAUCUGAUAUUAAAUGUAUAAUUCUUCAACAAACAUUUACUGGAAAACGAGAACUUAAAGUAACAACAACACCAAAACCAUCAGCACCUGCUGAUGGUGAAGUAUUAAUUGCUGUUAAAGCUUGUGGAAUUAAUUUUAAUGAUGUUCUUGGUCGAUAUGGUUUAUUAGAAGAUAUGCCACGACCUCCAUUUAUUCCAGGCUUUGAAUGCAGUGGUGAAGUACUUGAUAUUGGAACUAAUGUUACUCAUGUUGAUAGAGGUGAUCGUGUUGUAGUACUUACACGUUAUUCCGCUUGGGCAGAACAAAUUAUUGUUAAAAAAGAUUUAGUUUUUAAAAUUCCUAAAGAAAUGUCAUUUCGGGAAGCAGCUGUACUUCCUGUUGCUUAUCUUACUGCAUAUAUCCUUCUAUUUGAAAUUGGUAAUAUUAAACCAGGUCAAACAAUAUUAUUUCAUUCAGCCGGCGGCGGUGUUGGUGUUGCAUUAACACAACUUUUAAAGCUUGUUCCUAAUUUAACCAUUAUUGCUACUGCAAGUUCACAUAAAUUUGAUGCAUUACGUGCUCAUAUACAUUAUCUUUUUGAACAUGAUAUCGAUUAUAUUGGAGAUGUUAAAAAAAUUGCACCAGAAGGUGUUGAUUUAGUACUUGAUUGUAUGGCAGGUGAUGAUUGUGAACGUGGUCUUGCUUUACUUAAAUUUAAUGGAAAAUAUAUAAUGUAUGGUACAUCAAGUUUACUUAGUUGGGAUGUAAAAAACCUCUUUGGUAUUACAAAAGGCAUGUCUAAUUGGUGGCAAAAUGAUAAAAUUAGUUGCUUACGUCUAUUUCAAGAUAGCAAAUCUAUACAUGGUUUUAAUUUACUUCAAUUGCUUUCACGAGGUUCAAAUGAAACACGUCGUUAUUUAGCUGAUAUAGUGCAUAAAGUAUUUAUAUUAUAUAAAGAAGGAAAAAUAAAACCAGUCGUGGAUUCUGUAUUUACAUUUGAAGAAGUGAAUAAUGCACUUGGUAAAUUAAUUGAUCGUAAAAAUAUUGGUAAAGUAGUAAUCGAACCAUUUUUAAAUGUCAAAUCCGAAAAAGUGAAAAAACCAAAAACAAGUACUUCUAAUGAUGCUCAUUCAAGUUCUACAUCAGGUCCUGAUGAUGAUGAUAACGAGGAGAAAGAGUCGGAUGAUGUUCAACAAAAUACAACAUCAAAAUCUUAA